CAAUGUCCCUCCCGGAAACGGAAACAACGUCACGUCAACGGGAGCCUUUGUUUCCUUUCAGUUGCAGCGGGCGGGAGCAGAGAGAGUCGAUUAUUUAAAGUAACGGAGGAGAAGACUGAGACUCCCCCCACCCCUUAAUAUUGGGUAAAGCAGGGAAGAGGAUACUAGUCUGGAAAGCGCUGGGCUGGCUGGAGCUUGAUUCCAGGUGACAGCAAAAUGUCCACCCCUCCUCUGGCUGGAGCAGGAAUGGCCCCUGGUCCAUUUUCAGGACCCCAAGCUCAAGCUGCACGGGAAGUCAACACGGCUUCUCUGUGUCGCAUUGGUCAAGAGACAGUGCAGGAUAUUGUGUUCCGUACCAUGGAAAUCUUCCAGCUACUGAGAAAUAUGCAGCUUCCAAAUGGUGUCACUUAUCAUACCGGCACACAUCAAGACAGAUUAGGAAAGCUGCAAGAACAUCUGCGCCAACUUGCAAUACUUUUUAGGAAACUGAGAUUAGUAUAUGACAAAUGCAAUGAAAACUGUACAGGACUUGAUCCUAUUCCAAUAGAGCAACUGAUUCCUUAUGUUGAAGAGGAUGGUUCUAAGCAUGAUGAUCGAGGAGCAGCCAGCCAGCUUCUCUUUGCUAGUGAAGAGAGAAGGGAAAUAAUGGAAGUGAACAAGAAACUGAAACAGAAGAAUCAACAGCUGAAGCAAAUUAUGGAUCAAUUACGGAAUCUCAUUUGGGACAUAAAUGCCAUGUUGGCAAUGAGAAACUGAAAUAUGUUUUCUCUCUUCCUCAUUAUGGCAGCUGAUAUUAUUUGUUUGUGCGGGGAGGGGGAAUCAGUAUUUUCUACAAACAUGAUCCUUUUUUCCCUCUGCUCUCUUUUUCCCUGUUGUAUGCAGUUUCUUUAAAAUAUCCAAACGUAUGUACAGUCAAUAUGUACAAAAAAGAAUGUUGUAUACAAUGUUUGCAGCUCGUUUGUUACAUUUUUAUUGUGAACGUUGAAGGGGUUCCCAAACUGUAGUCUGUGGACCGCCAGUGGUCUGCAAGCUUCAUUCACGUGGUCCAUGGCGUGUUCAUAUUAAAUAUUCAUAGUGACUUUUAA